UUCCUCAUGCAUGUUUUGUCGUACAAUACAUGUCAUAAGAAAAUCAUGCCUCUAAAUACAGAUUUAUUGGACAAAAUAUGUCGUCUUUGAAAGAAAAGACACACAUGGCUGCCAGAGAUGGCAUGGCCAUCAGUUUGUUCGCUUUGCUUUGCAAUCGACGGCGUGAAGAGGUCAAUGAAGCCCUGUCCCACUUCACCCUUGAAAAUGGCCAGAACACAACGCCCCUCAUAAUAUCUGCCAGGAAUGGACACUCGAAAGUUGUUCGCAUGUUGCUGAGCAACUUUGAUGUUGACAUUGAACAAGUCGCUCAAGUCAAGUUUGAUGGUUACAUCAUUGAAGAAGCCACAGCUCUGUGGUGUGCUGCAGGCGGUGGACAUUUAGAUGUGGUCAAAAUUCUCGUCGAAAUGCGUGCUCAGCCGAACCACGCUACAAGUUCGAAUUCUACCCCUUUGAGAGCGGCUUGUUUUGAUGGUCGGUUGGAAAUAGUGGAAUACUUGCUUAAGAACAAUGCUGACUUUACUAUCGCCAAUAAAUAUGACAAUACCUGUCUCAUGAUUGCCUGUUACAAAGGACAUGUGAAAGUUGUUAGAGCCCUUCUCUCGGCUGGAUCCGACCCGAAUCUAAAGGCUCAUUGUGAAGCUACAGCACUCCACUUUGCUGCGGAAUGUGGAUAUGUUGAAAUUGUAAAAUUGCUCAUUCAAUACGGUGCUACACUUCAACCAAAUAAUGUUGGCAUGACACCUCUCAUGACAGCAGCUGAAAAUUGUCAAGCUGAAGUGGUGGAAUACUUCUUAUCAGAAUCGGAACACGACGAAACUGACUUUUGGAUUAAUGCGGAAAAAAGAAUUGAGUGUUUAGAGCUAAUGGGUACUGCCUUUGCCAAUGAUAAAGAUAACUAUAACAUUGAAAAGGCUUAUCAUUACAUGUGGCUGGCAAUGGUGGAACGACACAGAGAUCCGGACAAUGUGAUAAAGAAAAGUUGGAGUCCACCAGAGGAUGCUUAUGAAAACAGAUGCGAGUGUCUGACACUGUCUGAGCUUGAGGCCAUUGAACACAAUGCCCAUGCGAUCCAUAUGGAGGCUUUGAUCAUGCGGGAACGGAUCCUUGGCACAGAAAACCCAGAACUGCUUCACCCGAUUGUCUUCCGCGGUGCUGUAUUUGCUGAUAUGGCCCAAUUUGACAAGUGUAUUGGACUUUGGCUGAGGGCCAUGGAUUUACGAUUCGGGAAUAACAGAUCAAUUGGGAAAGACUUAUUGAGAUUUGCUCAAGUUUUUUCUCAGAUGAUCCAUGUUGGGGUGAAGGUUGACUUUGACAGAAUUCUCUGUGUGUUUGAUUUUGCCAUAAAGGAAUUAAAGAACCACCAGAAAUGUUCAGAACCCUCCUCUGGAGAUUCUCAACUCAGUUUGGAGGAAGCCAUGGAAGCCGACUUCCAUACUGCCAUGUACCUGAUUGCCUUGCUGUGCAAAGUCAAACACAACACAGACCAAGAAUUCGAAAUGUGUAAGUUCAUUUACAUGUUUAACAAAAUGGACCUUCGGCUAGGUCAUGGUAUGACCCCACUUCAUGUCGCUUCUAAUGCUCAAAUAGCUGUUGAUGAUUUCCAUGUGUGUGACGUUGUCAGGUAUCCUAAUGCUUCUGUUGUGCGCCUCUUGAUUCACUGUGGAGCAGACACAAAUGCUGUGGAUAAGAACGGUGAUAGCCCUCUACACAUCAUUGUCACCUACGAUAAACCAAUUAGUGACUUCCUCACUCUACAUUCAAUCAUUGUCCUUCUGUGUGAAUAUGGAGGUCAUAUGGACAGGGCCAAUAAGAAAGGAUUGACUCCUAUGGACGUAUGUUGGACUGGUGUUUCCGAGAUCAUACUGCGCACCCUGAAGAAGAUCAGCUUGAAAUGCCUUGCUGCUCGAGCUGUUCGCCAGCAUCAUAUAGACUACAAAGGACAUCUUCCCUUCUCCCUGGAAGAGUUCGUUGCUUUACAUUAACAACUUGGAUGCCCUGUGGUACAGACCUAUGUCUUUCACACCCUACCAACCUCCCAUCUACAUGUAUUAUUGUACUUUACACUGUGUGUUUUCAUCUCUUGGGAGUAGAACAUGCGUUGGUCUGAGCUCGAGUUCUCUUUACCAUCAUGACCUACACAUAAUGUUUUAUGUUGCGUUCGUGCACCAGUGUUUAAAAAAAAGAUUUCCAACAUUUCUAUUUUAGUUCUUACUGUUUACAUUGUACACUUGAAUCUUUAGAUUUGGAAGUGGGUUGCAAGUAGGUGCUCAAUACACGAUUGUAGUAUUCAUAA